CACGGGUUGGCGGGUGAGGCGAGGCGGCCCCUUCGAGCGCGGUAGUUUGUUCCGCGAGGGGAGUGAGGACGCUUACGCGCUCUCGGCCACCUUCCCUUCCCGGGCAAUCAGGUAUCUACAUCUCCUUCCCCAUUUCACACUUUUGGGUGACCGCCUUUCUCCCAUUAGAAGGCAGGAGGCUGUUCUCUUGACAACAUAGAACAGGAUCUUUGAACCAGGGGACCCCAGGCACACUUAAUUAUGGGGCUACAUUUAUGAAAGCAGGGACACUGAAGGCUGAGGGAGAUGUCCUUUGCUUCUCAGAUGUAAUGCACUUUAAGUUUGUUAUUCAACAGUGAAAAUGAGUCAUACAGAGGUUAAAUUAAAAAUACCUUUUGGAAAUAAAUUACUAGAUGCUGUUUGUUUGGUACCUAACAAGAGCUUAACAUAUGGAAUAAUUCUUACACAUGGAGCGUCAGGAGAUAUGAACCUUCCUCAUUUGAUGUCACUGGCAUCCCAUCUUGCAUCUCAUGGUUUUUUUUGCCUGAGAUUUACCUGUAAAGGCCUCAAUAUUGUACAUAGAAUUAAGGCAUAUAAAUCAGUUUUGAAUUACCUAAAGACCUCAGGAGAAUACAAACUGGCAGGUGUUUUCCUUGGUGGUCGUUCAAUGGGCUCAAGAGCAGCUGCUUCUGUAAUAUGCCAUAUUGAGCCAGAUGAUGCUGAUGAUUUUGUUCGAGGUCUCAUUUGUAUUUCUUACCCACUGCACCAUCCAAAGCAGCAACAUAAACUUAGAGAUGAAGAUCUCUAUCGUAUAAAAGAUCCUGUAUUGUUUGUGUCAGGCUCAGCGGAUGAAAUGUGUGAAAAGAACUUGUUGGAGAAAGUGGCACAGAAAAUGCAAGCUCCCAAUAAAAUCCACUGGAUUGAGAAGGCAAAUCAUUCCAUGGCAGUGAAAGGACGAUCAACAAAUGAUGUUUUCAAAGAAAUAAAUACACAGAUUUUGUUUUGGAUCCAGGAAAUCACUGAAAUGGACAAGAGAUAAUUGUAUCUAGCUACAAACUACAUUAUUUUUAAUACAAAUACAGUUCAUUUGAUAAAGAACAGCAUACCUCUCAGCAUUAUGAGAUAUUUCAGAUGAAGUUAAUGUUCUUUAAUGUUUCCCCCAUUUUUAAAACACAUUUUAAUUGUGAAAUUAAUGUCCUUUAUAAAAUGUCUUUUGAAAGCACUGUUAUAGUUGUAUAAAGAUGAUGUACAAAUAUUGAAGUGGUCUAAAUAUAAUUUAUUUUCAUUAAUAUAGUUAAGUUUUGAAAAAAAAUUAAACAUUUGAAUUUUGUUACAAUGGAACUUUUGUCUUAUUU